UUUAUCGAAGGUGCUAGAACAUCAGAGGGUCUUUGUGACUAUAAGUACUACGAGAAAGCCCGGUAGUAGCGUUUUUUGUCGAGAUUGUGGUAACUAGUUAAGCAGCUGGGGUUCGAAUACUGAAUACGCUAUGGACGCCGAAAAAAUUAAGCAAUUGAAAAUCUUCAUCCAGCAAUGCGAGGCCAAUCCUAGUCUUCUGAAGGAUCCAUCUCUAAAGUUCUUCAGGGACUACCUUGAAACGCUGGGCGCUAAUUUGCCCGCGUCCGCAUAUGGGAAGGGCGAAUCUGCAAAGAAGCCAGAGCCAAAAAGUACUUUUGAGGAUGAAAGUGAUGAUGAUAUAGACCUGGAAGAACAGUUUGGUACUUCAAGCACUGCACCAAAAAUGCCAGAAGAGAAUGUCAGUGAUGAUGAGGUGGUUGAAUCAGACAUUGAACUUGACAAUGAAGGAGUUGUUGAACCAGACAAUGACCCCCCACAGAAAAUGGGAGAUCCCUCUGCUGAAGUAACUGAAGAGAAACGAGAUGCUGCGCAAAUGGCCAAGGGAAAAGCAAUGGAGGCAAUGUCAGAUGGUGAUUUGGAAGAGGCUAUAAAUCAUUUUACAGAAGCCAUUAUGUGCAAUCCCACAUCGGCAAUCCUCUAUGCUAACAGAGCUAGUGUUUUUGUUAAGAUGGGGAAGCCCAAUGCAGCUAUUCGGGAUGCUAAUGCUGCUAUUAAUAUUAACCCAGAUUCUGCCAAAGGCCAUAAAGCUCGAGGAAUGGCAAGAGCAAUGCUUGGUAACUGGGUAGAAGCUGCCAAGGAUCUGCAUCUGGCAUCAAGUCUUGAUUAUGAUGAGGAAAUUGCAGUUGUUUUAAAGAAGGUUGAGCCAAAUGCACAUAAAAUUGAAGAGCAUCACAGGAAAUAUGAGCGCCUACGCAAGGAAAGGGAUGAUAGAAAGAAAGAACAUGAAAGGCAACGUCGCCGAGCUGAAGCUCAGGCUGCCUAUGAACAAGCCAAGAAACAAGAACAAUCUUCAACAAGUAGGAAACCAGGUGGAAUGCCUGGGGGUUUCCCAGGUGGAAUGCCUGGGGGCUUUCCUGGUGGAAUGCCUGGGGGUUUCCCAGGUGGAAUGCCUGGUGGAAUGCCGGGUGGAAUGCCAGGUGGAAUGCCAGGUGGAAUGCCGGGUGGAAUGCCUGAUAUGAGUAAGAUCUUGAAUGAUCCAGAGAUGAUGGCUGCUUUCAAAGACCCAGAAGUGAUGGCUGCUCUUCAAGAUGUUAUGAAGAACCCUGCAAAUAUGGCAAAGCAUCAAGCAAAUCCCAAAGUUGCACCAAUUAUUGCUAAGAUGAUGAGCAAGUUUUCUGGAGCCUGAACACUGGCGCAUGUUGAAGUUCCAAACCCAAACAAUGAGGCCAGGGUAGAUUGAUUACCUUGUUUGGGGCCAAGCUAAAUCAUAUUGAUAUGGGGACCGAUGGUCAAGCUCUUUUUGAGUAGUAUGUCAUUUUCAGGUUCUUUCAAUUUUACAUAAUUUCAUCUUAAUGUUACUGGUGUGUGAUGCAUGCAUGUUUGAAUACAAAUGAGCUGUGAUUUAAGAGUGCUAAUUGUAGUUACCAUGAGGACAUAGAAUAGAAUCAUUGGGAGGUUUAAUAUUUUUUAUUUUUUAAAAUUGUCCCAUGGCUGCCAUGGCAGAUUUUUAUAGCUAACUUUUUUUUGUA